UUGGUACGUUGUAUCGUUUCAGUGUUCAGUCAAGUUCAAGCGAUUCGAGCGUUCUGACCAUUGACGUCGUCGUUAUAUUCGAGGAAUUGUUGUUUUUUCACGUUCCCCACUGUUCACAAAACUGCCGAGUGACUUGGGGAUCCCGCAUGAUCCAGUGAUCUACGCGUCGCUCACGAUAACGUUCCUCGCUCUAAGCGCAUUCCUUUCGUGCGACCGUAAGACCGUGCAUCGUGUUACAUGCGGACCUAUACAGUGCAAAUUUGGAUAAUCUGUUAAAAUAGAACAGCGUCGAGCAUAAAAAUAUAUCUUUGCGAAUCGACGAAUCGACACGUGAGAACGAGUAUAAUGAUUGGAUGAUGCUACGAGUUAAAGACGAAUCAGUGAAUGCAAAUUCAAGAACAGGCUUUUCGAUUAAUUUUUUAUUUUAUCUCAGUUUCGAAUUUUUAAUUGGCACUGUCAUCUCUGGUUUCUUAGUCAUCCUCGAUGUUAUAAAGUCUCUUCUGCCAAAACCACCAAGGGAUUUGAGCGGCGAUGUAGUUUUAAUUGCCGGUGUCUCGUCGACCCUCGGUGAAUUUCUCGCCGAGGAAUUCGCGAGGGGUGGAUGUUCUGUGAUCUGCGUAGAUAACGACUUUAGAUCCGUGGAGGAGUUAACUACCAGGCUAAAAUUGCGUUGCAAUAAAGUGAAGGGAAUCGGGCCUGACCAUAGAGAACACGAGCAGGAGACUGCAGGGCCCACAAUGGCAGCGUACGAAUGUAACCUGCUGGACCGUAAUGCCAUACGUGAGAUCGCCAAGAAGGUCGAGGAUGAGGUCGGUGGCAUCGAUGUCCUAGUGACCUGCGCCGGGCAACCUUAUCAAGAUAUUUUCGAUACAGCCAAUACUACUCUCAUGAGCCAUUAUUGGAUGGUGUUGGCAUUUUUGCCAUUUAUGCUACAACGCGACAGAGCGCACAUUGUCGGAAUUACGCCAAUUGCAUCCACCCAGGAUGUAUACCUGAGCUCGAGGGCGGCGAUCGCCGGUCUGAUGGAAAGUUUGAGUCAAGAAUUGAGCAAUCGUAAUAGUCAUCUUACCUUCCUCGCGAUUUCACCGACGACAACAAGCAACUCGACAAAACGAGAAGAACAAGAAAUAGCCAAAGAGGUUGUGCAGGCGGUCAGAAGGGACCAGUGCAGCAUUAGUAUUAAUUGGUGCUCGAAAAUGAUGUAUCAAAUAAGUUGUUGUAUCUAUAGCGCAAUAACAACGGUCUCACAAUGGCUUCACACGCAGGGAUGCGAUUAUUCCUUUUAAAUCCUGUUCUUGCUCAUGAAGCGUGAAGCAUUCCAGUGUCGGCACCGACAUGAGUGUGGGAAUUCGCGUUUUCUGUUAGCGAAUUCCCUCGAGAUGGACAGCAAAAACCUUUAAAAGUGUUUGAAAUUUGUGCAGCCAGCAGUAUCUUCUCACGAGUAUGCGAAGGAGAAUUAUUCCAAUUAAAUAUUCACGCAGAGUCAAAUUAGAAUUGUAAAUUGUAUAUCAUAUAUUACAAUAUUAUAGUACAUUAUACUAUAUAAAGAAGAUCCUUGUAGCUUUUAAGAAAAUAGAUUUUCUGUUAAUAAAAAUUUAAAAAUA